AUGAGUAAGAACAAGGAGAAGAAGGAAAAAAAGAAGGGAGGAGGGUUUAUGUCGUUGUUUAAGAAGAAAAAAGAGGAGGAAGAAAUCAUGAUCAGCGAGCCGUCGCAAUUUGAACAAUUGGCACACGUUGCGCUGAGUGACUCUGGACUCACUGGAUUUCCAGAGGAGUGGCGAGAGAAAUUGAAGGAGGCGGGGUUCACCGGCGAUGAGAUUAAAUUGAAUGAAGACGAAUGCAAAACUGUUGUGACAACAGGAAUACCAAACGACCAACCGAGUCGCGCUACAUUCUCUUCAAAUGUCGAAGAAGAAGAGGAUGAUAUUAGUGGAUUUACGACACUCAGUGAUCCCGAUGAAAAUUAUGAAAAUCUGGCGAAGACGUUAUACGGCGAUGAAGACGAAUAUAUGGCAACACGCAAAAGUGAUGGGAUGGAAGUCUCGUUAAGGCGUAUGCGAAUCACAAAAAAGACUAAACGCGCGGUAGUCAGAGAAGUGUCUGUCCUUUCGAAGUGCAAAAAUAAAAACAUUGUACAGUACGUCGAGUGCUAUUUGAUUAAUGACAUGUUGUGGUUAGUAACUGAAUUGAUGAACGCGGGAGAACUGACAAACGUGAUCGACUUACACCAAUCGCUCCCAAUGAAAGAGCCACAAAUUGCGUAUGUCUGCAAACAAGUGUUGCAAGCAUUGGAAUAUCUCCACUCGAUGAAAAUCAUUCACAGAGACGUGAAGUCGGACAAUAUAUUACUCCACCGAUCUGGCGCUGUGAAAUUGUCGAACUUUGGAUUCGCCGCAAUUCUGACGGAUAAAAACCCGACACGAAACUCAAUCAUAGGAACACCAUUUUGGAUGCCUCCAGAAUUGAUUAAAAGUCAAAAUUAUGAUACAAAAGUCGACUUGUGGUCGUUGGGAAUUACUUGCAGAGAAGCGUCAGAUGGAACACCUCCUUAUAUGGACUUACCACCGAUGAAAGCUUUGUUUAAGAUCACUACAAGUGGUAUCCCACCACUCCAAGGUAAUUGGGACGACAAAUUCAAAAAAUUCCUCGACAGGUGUUUGUGUGUUGAUCCAACACAACGAGCAACUGCGACACAAUUACUUGCAGACCCAUUCUUGACAAUGGAGUGCACGGAAAACGAAUUUGUCGACUUUUUGGACGAAGUCAGAAAACUUGCGGAUGAGGAACUGGCUCAAGAAAAUUCCCAGGAAGGGGCAGAUCAAGACUCACAAGGUUCUCAACAAGAAUAA